UUCAAACACACACACACACACACACACACACACACACACACACACACAUACAGAUACACAAUAAGUAUUCCAGGCAUGUUAGUUCCUGUCUUUGCGAAGGUUGUGUUCGUCGCAGUAAUCUUUGGAAAAAUGAUCCUGCUCGUUAUUUCCCGCCGCCUGCCAGUCGAGCGCGUGGGCAGAGCAACCUGAAGGUCCGUCGCUACAGCAACAGGCUGAACAGACCAAAGCUUGGAGCAGAAGGAAAAACAAGAGACUUACUACGACGGGAAAACAACAAAACAUGAAGAGCUGACAGGAGAGACUAAGAGGAGAUGUGAAGAGAUCAAAUCAGCAGAAGAAGAAGGAGGAAAUAAAAACAGGAAGCAGCAGUUUGUCCUUGCCGACAUGUCCUCAGCCCGAGCUGCAGCCGUCCUGUUGCUACUGAGCUGCUGCCUCCUCAUCGCCCUUCUCGUCCCACCCUGCACAGGUCAAGGAAGUGACUGCAGCUGUAACGUGACCAACAGCCGCUGUGACGAGACAGGAGUGUGCAGAUGUGACCCUGGUUGGGACGGUCAGCACUGUGACCGCUGCGUGCCGAUGCCUGGCUGUCUGCACGGUUCCUGUCAGCAACCAUGGCAGUGCAGCUGUGAGCCAGGCUGGGGGGGCCGAUUCUGUGACAAAGACCUGUUCGUGUGCUCACAGCAGCAGCCCUGUCAGAAUGGAGCCACCUGUGUGAUGGAGGACAGUGGUGAAUACACGUGUCUGUGUCCUGAAGGUUUCCAUGGCAGAGACUGUCACCUGAAGACCGGACCCUGCCAUCAGAGGAGGUCUCCGUGUAAAAAUGGCGGUCUGUGUGAGGAUGCAGAUGGCUUUGCAGAGAAGUUAACGUGUCGCUGCCUGGCCGGCUUCACGGGAGCGCGCUGUGAGAUAGACGUGGAUGACUGUCUGAUGAAGCCAUGUGCCAAUGGCGCAACUUGCCUGGAUGGUGUCAACCGCUUCUUGUGCCUCUGCCCGGCUGGCCUCACCGGACGCUUUUGCACGGUCAACCUGGACGACUGUGCCAGCCGGCCAUGCCUCAAUGACGGCCGCUGCUUGGAUCUUGCCGGAGGCUUCCAUUGCAUUUGCAAGUCGGGCUACACCGGCACCACCUGUGAAACUGUGCUGAUAAGACACAACAACCAAGAGCCUGGCUGGACGACGGUCGGCUGGGAAGGAGGAGGGGGAGGCGGGGUCAGACCUCAGCUGACCACUGGGGGGAGAAACCAGAGGAGCAGCAUCACCAACAGCAAUGACAGCAAUCCUCAAGGCGACAGGCUGCUUAAGGUGACAGUGAGCGAGCGCAGCGCUGCUGGCCUGUCGGAGGUGCAGCUCAUCAUCCUGCUGGUGCUGGCUGGGAUGACACUCGGGGUGGUGGUGCUGACCGCCACCCUUGUACUGCAGGGUCACUGCAGGGAUUGUAGCCACGCCCUCUGCCAGUGUCUGACAUUAUCAUCAUCAACAUCAUCAUCACAACAGGGAGGAAAGACGAGGUGCCGGCAAACAGGACAGGAUGAGCAUGAAUGUCAGAUUAGCUUCCUGAAUGUAUCAGAACAGGAGAAGAAGAAACUGAACACUGAAGUGGUAUAGACUGAGUGGGUGCAACACCCAUGGAACAAAAACAGAGAGAGAGAAAGAGAGAGACUGGUGGCUAGGCUCUCUCACACAGCACUGCAGAGGAACCUGGGUCUGAACUGGGUCCACCAACAGGAUGAGUUUUUAGUCUCGAAGUGUGAACCUGAUAUGCUAAUGAACGGUGACAUCAUUACAUGUGUAUUUACAUUUGUUCUGAAUACAUGUGACAUUACCUGGUGCCUACAUCACCAACAAUGAACCCCAGCAUGUUCAGUUGUGUAUCAGUUGGGGUGCUGGAUUUUUAUCCUGGAGCAUGUAGCCUGCCGUAGAGACGAGCAGCGGUCUACAGAGGUCUGGAAAGAUGCAGUGAGUUUAAAAACUUGAGUCUUGGGUCACAACAAACACUGAGUGACAUCACUUACGGACUUUUAUUGGACUUCAAACAGAAUACUCUGAAGACACUUAAUGCUAGGAGUUGUUCCUUUCACCUGCUAACCCUGAGGAACACCUGCAGAGGUGUUAAAACGAGAUGUCAUUUACCCGGGUUUGAUGUUUUGAAUGAACAGAUCAGAUUUUUAAUCUAAAAAACAGGAUGAGAUGUACAAAACAAUAUACAGUACACACUAUUUGGGUUAUUUAAAGCUCCUGGGAGGAUUUUUUUUUAGCUGGUUUUGAAACAGGCUGUUAUUAAUUCUGAUGACUCUGAGCUACAAAAACAAACAAAACCAUCAGCGACAAAUCUGUUUAUUUCUAUAAAUAUAUUUUUAAUGUCUGAAACAGUUGGAGAAGGGUAGGUGUCAGACGAAGAUUAGCCCCGUUUACAUUUUCCAUGGCAAAGAUUCAUGAAGAGAGAUAUGUUUGACAUUUAAAAGACAUUUUUAUUCAAAAACACGACUACAGGACAUAAUAAGCAAAGAUAUAAGAGCUGCAGCUUUGUGCACAGAGGACCUGAAAAAACAACACAAUAAAAAGUUCCUCACAGGAGCUACAUUUAAAUUCUUUUUUUAAUCAACCCUGCUAAAUAGAUGGUUAAUGGACGUGGACUUGUAAAGUGCUCUCUUACCUUUUCUAGUCUUCUAACUAGUCAGUGCUUUUGAAACUACAUGUCACUUUCACCCAUUCACAGCACAUUCACACACUGAUGGCAGAUACAUAAAGUGCCCAUCAGUAUUAACUUCUGAUGAAGUGACUAUCCCACUGAGCCACAGCCAACCCUUAUGCAUUAUGUAAACUUGAAAAAUGACUUAUUAAUUUAGAAUUACAAAAUAAAUUGGGACUAAGUCCAAAUGGUAGAAAAGGUUUGAGGCACUAUGUAUUGGUGAUUUGAUCAACAGUCCCUAUUAAGGUCCAUAGCUCAGUAAUCCAGAGUCAAGAAUGCAUUUGAGUUUUCAUUUGAAUGAAAAUAAAUAAAAACAGGUUUAAUGUAUUAACUUGGAAUCUGAAAAGAUGCUCAAAGAUGGAUUUUUUUCACUUUGAUUUGAGGCAGACCAGCUGUUUCACCCUGUUUUCUCUCUUCAUCAUAAGCUUAGCCUAAAUAGCUCCUGGUUGAGUUUCUUACUCAUAGAACAGAAAAAGAGUUGUGUAGAUUUUAACUUUUGAAACUCGAAGACAGGAAGAGAAAAAGAGUAUUACUGUGAAUGUUGAACACUUCCUUAAGAGCCUUCCAACAAAAGAAGACACACUCAAUGGAAAGACCCAGCACUAACACUUAUUGAUCUCAGAGGUGUUUGCUGUCCCGUAGUAAAGACAGAUUAUCUGUCAGGGGGAAGUUCAAUGUUGAUGUGACGACAGACAAUGUUUGUCUCUGGUGGUGUUUUGUUUGUUCUCUGGGGAAUCUGAUGAGAAAACUUCAAUCACAGAAAAUCAGAGUAGACAUAAAACACACAUAAAAGCAAACCAAGUAACAUGUUAAAGCGCUCAGCUCUGUUACAUUUCAACCACACAUUCAGCUUGGACUAUUUUUUUAUAGACAGAAACUGGGGAAGAAUGUAACAACAGAAAUAAUCUCUUGUGUUUCAGCACAUCAACUCAUCUUUAAAUAAUGGAGUGAUUGAGCCUUUAGACUGAACAAUAUUUGUAUUUUUAUAUGAAACUUGAUGUGCCAAUAUAAUUGACAUAUAUAUGUAAUAUAUAUGUCAUGUAAAAGUAAAAAAUACUUGUGGUCAGAAAAAAUAAGAACAAAUUUCUAUGUGAUAUUAAAAAUUUAUUUUCCUUUUAUCGCACUGUUUUUAUUCAACAUACCAUAAUUAUUAAACAUAACAUAAUUGGUAUACGUUUACUUCAACAGUACCCAGAUAUCAACUUUUAUAUGAAUAUCCUGUCCUUGGGAAAUGUGAGCUCAGAGCAAACAUGUCGUUUUUAUACCGUGUCUUAUAUGUGGGUGAAUUCCUCUGUGUGUUCUUGACUAUCAUGUGUUAAACAGAAACCCUGUGUCCCCUUGCAGCUUUAAAGCUAAUUUAUUGCCGUAAUUUAUCAGUGGUAUAUGAGUGUCUUGUUCUAUGCUGAGAGUCAGAGGUUUUUAUUAAAAACUGUGUGCAAUAAAGUUGUGAAUGACAAGCUCUGAA